AUGGAAUUAGCCAACAUUAUAACUGGGUCUAUAUCUUCUUCAAACGCACAAAAUCGAAACGCCGAACCUACCGAUCCUCCACAGCGAACACAUUCGUACCCGACCCGAAAAAUAAUCAUGUCCGGUACGGAUAUGCACAAUAGAGAUGGGCGAAGCGGUACACCACCCGCGCCUCCUUAUGCUGGUGCUCAAUUCAACAUGAACACUCCACACUCCAUGGCCAUGUCGCCUGCUGGGAGCCCUACCCCAAAGAGCGUCGCAUUCGAACUCCUCUUUACACAAUCUCCUCAGCAUCGUGCGCGACUACCGAUGCGUGUUCAAAUAUUCCCUCACGAUACUACAGACUCGAUUAUUGCCACUGUCAAGAACUUUUACGGUCUAUACGCAGAUGGCGCUGGUGCGAAAGGUGUUAGCUUCGAAGACGAACAAGGGAACACUCUCAUCGCACGUUACGAGAACUUUAGAAACAACAUGGUGGUGUAUGUCAGGGUCAUUCAAGAAGAAACUUCUGAUGCAUAUGGGCCAUCAUCAUACGGAUCUGGCUCUCCACGCUUACAGCAAGCCUACUAUCCUGGCGAGACGCACUUACCACCCCACCAAGCUCUCAAUUAUGGCCAUCCUGUCUCAAGACCAACGUCUAGGACAUCGCGAAAGCGUAGCACUUCUCCUGGCCAAGGCCGUGGCCGUCGUAGUGUCUCUGCCAGUGUCAAUCAACCGCUUCCGGCCAAAAAGAGUAGAUCCCGAUCGGGUUUCAAAAGCCGUGGCUCAAGCACUCAUGGUAGCUUCCAAGAACUUCAUAGCGAUGGAUUAAAUGGAUAUAGCAGUGGAGAUGGAGGAGCUGGAUCUGUUACUAGCAGAGCUAAGAGCGAGCACCUUGGUAACACCGAGAUUAGUCUUGACAAUAUUGUGGAGGGAGGUCGACGAAAGAGGGCUAAAUUUGAAAGUUCUGAACUUCCUUUGUUCGCACCACCACAAAUGCCCGCUGCGACUUCGAAUUCUUCCGUUUCUCCGGCACGUCGCAUGGAAAACCAACGAUCAAGUUUUCCUUUCGCGGGGUUUUCCCAAAAUCCUUUCUCCAAUGUGCCCAACCUUCAUUCUCCCAGGAGCUUUGGCAAUGCCAACGGGUUCGGAGAGCCUGGCCUCUAUUCUACGCCGGCAGCACAAAGUCGCCGAACGCGCGGGUCAUAUCCUCCAGGACGUCAAUCUAUUAGUACACCAGGAAAUAUGUCGGAUGUACUGCCGACUCCAGAUCCAACCAUCGGCAGUUGCAUGUCAGAGGAAGACAAGGAUGUCGCUCUGCAACUAAUGAGACUUGGCGACAUGUCAAACAUUUCUCAUGGUCGCAUUUCCGCAUCAACCCUUGACGACACCUUCAGUGGGCGUGCUGAUGCAGCUUCCUCUACUGGUGCUACCAGUAAUUGUGAGAGCGAGAGUGAAAAUGAACUCCCUUCUCAUAGACUAAAGCGUGAGCCAAGCCCGAUUCUGCCACCUGGGUUCUUGAAGAAGGCUCAUCCACAUUUGGAAGAGAAUCUACCGACAGAUAGCACUGAGCCAAGUAGUGAUGAACGUGACUUUGAAGACUGUCAUGAUGGAACCUUCAAGCCAGGUCAAGCAGAUGAUGCUGUUGAUAGCGAACUAGCAAAACCCAAGGUCGUCAAGGCUAAAGCCGCUAGAAAACCUUUACCUUCCUCUUCUUUGAAGUCCAAAGCCAACAGAAUUAGCAAACCAAAUAGACCAACGCCCUUGGUUAAGCCAAAGAAAGCCAACAGUGUCUCUGCCUCUAGUAAGGGUCCCAUCUCACCCACUUCCUUACCAUCGCAAUCACGAAAGACCUCUGUGGCAUCUACCGCAACUCAUCAACAUCAUCUCGGUGACGAUGAAGAGGACCUUUCAUCUAAACCACGUUGUCAACGCUGCAGGAAGAGUAAGAAAGGUUGCGAUCGUCAAAGACCCUGUGGCCGAUGCCAAGAUGCUGGACUUGGCAUUGAUCAGUGUGUCAGCGAAGAUGAAGGGAACGGUCGUAAAGGUCGUUAUGGGCGUCAUAUGGGAGUACCUGUGAAGAAAGACGAGCUACCACAAGUCCCAAUAUUCCCGUCAGCGCUUUCUGCUAGUGGUGCAAGCAGUUUUGAGAAGAGUAAGAAGAGAAAGAGGUGA